CGGCCGAUGCAAGUGUGAGGAGUGGUUUGUUGAUGGCGUUGUUGCUAUUUUAAACAAUUACCAAGUUUAUUUACCAUUUUGUUAUUGUUUAACUAUAAACAAAGCAGCAACUUUUCUAAUCAGCCAUGUUGAAAUCAUGGCACAUUGCAUUGCUAGCGCUAAUAGCCGUUUAUUUGUGCGGACAGGUUCACUUUGCGUCCGGACUGGAGUGUUAUGUGUGCUCCAAUCAGACGGGCAACACGGAAAAGUGCCUCAACACCAUCAAGACCUGCGAGUCCUUUGAGAAUGUAUGCGGCACAGAGAUUCGUUGGGGCAGCCAGCCAUAUUUCUCCGAAGGAGCUCUCAAACAAUACUAUGUCUCGAAACGUUGCAUGACCAAGGAGCAGUGCCAGUCGAAGCGACGCCGCUACAUGCAGCUGUACUGCACCCACAUCUGGUACGAGGAUUGGGCCUGCAACGAGUGUUGCCAAGGCGACAGAUGCAACUAUUUUGUCAUCAGUGGCGCCACGAAUCGAAGGGGCAACUUGCUUACUCUACUCGCCACACUGUCGGGCAUUUGGCUGCUCAUAAGGCGUGACUUAACGCCCUAAAACGAACAACGAACCUCAUCAAGCUGCCUUUUUUGAACGCACACAUUUUAUAUUCCAACGAAGCUCAGCAAUUGUAAAUCUUAAUGUAUUUGUAAUUGUAUUAGAAUCUACUAAAAGUUAGUAGACUCAGUUCCGUCCAUUUAUUUGUAACUAAUUGACACAAGUGCCUUUUUGCUACUUUUUAUAUAAUUUCAAAUAUUCAAUUUCUGUUCAAGUUAUUUACAAAAUUACUAAGACAAAAAUGUAUACAUUUCCAAGUGAAAAACUUGCAUGUUUAGAUUUAGUAACUACACUCGAAUCAUCAUAAUCUCGACCCCUUUUGGUCCUAAUAAAGCAAGUACUCAAGUAAA